AUGGUGGAAAACGAUAGUCACUUAAGUAAUGAUAUCGUCUUGCGACCACUCAUCACUGGUUUGUCUCCGAAAGAAGGAGUUCCGGGAACACAAAUCAAAAUCCGUGGUGAAAAUCUUGGAAAAAGUCAAUCAGAUAUCGUUGCUCUUUCUAUCUGUGGAACUGAUUGCAUCAUGUCAGCAAAAUGGAAGUCACCUUCAUUAAUUAUUGCACGCGUUGGACAAGCUAAACGUGGUGUUGGCGAAGUUGUUCUUUUGACAAAGUCAAUGGGAAAAAGUACCUCCAAUGUGACAUUUCGAGUUUUUAUAAUGCAGGUGGGUCCGUUAGAGGAAAGCGCUGUUUGGGUAGAUGAAACCAGAACGGUCCCUGGACGUGAAGUUGUUCGUCAUGUUCCGGAAACAACAACUAGUUUGGAUGCUUUAAAAUUAAAGGUUGAAUCACAUAAGAAAAUGGAUCAAACAUCUUUGAUGCAAAUGUUUCCUGAAGGUUCGGGUAAUCUUAGGAUGGAAAACUUCAGUGCAGCUUGGUACUUGCUUGAAAAUCAUCGUGAAACAAAACUUUCUGACCUUAGACGAGGACUGGCAAAUUUAAUGCAAAGCACUAAAGAAGGUGAGAAGAACAGCACUGAUCUUCAUCGUGCCAAUCUCUGUUCACUGAUCAAUUGUGUUGAUACGUUAGCAGCUCUACAUGAUAAAAUGCAAGUGGAAAAGAACGCGCGUGGAUGGCCACUGACUCGAAAUAUUUCAGAAAAACUUGCUGACUCAUAUACAAUGGCAAAUACUCUUUUUCACGAAGUUCUGACUCGCAAGGAUCGAGCUGAUGCAACACGAAAUGCCUUAUCAGUGCUUACUCGUUUCCGAUUCAUAUUUUUCCUCUCUAGCGCUAUCGAUCAAAACCUAGCAAAGGGGGAGUAUUCAACUAUUUUGAAUGAUUACACUCGUGCAAAAUCACUUUUUAAGGAUACAGAAGUGGCAUUAUUUAAAGAAGUGAUGGCAGAAUUGGACAGAAAAAUGGAAGUGUUCAAGAGAAAUAUAAAGCAGCGUUUAAUCAAUAUGCCGGCAUCAUUCGAAGAUCAAAGUAAAUUGAUAAAAUACCUGAAAGUUCUUGAACCAGACUCAGAUCCGGCAUGGGAUUGCAUCACAGCGUAUCAUUGUUGGCUAGAAGAUAUUUUAUGGCAAACUCAAGCUAAACACCUUAAAUUAAUGGGUGAAGAUAAUGCACAUAUAUUGCAUGAUUUCGUUCAGGAGGUGGUAGACUUAAUAACCGGUAAAUUACAAAUAUUCUGGAAACUUUCACAAAUCUAUUCAUCAUCAGCUACAAAUUUGACUUCGUUAGACCGGACAAGUGAUAUUAAUCAGAUGCUAAUAAAUACAAUUAACGUUUCAUCAUGGUUAAUGCUGAAUGCAUUAGUACCUGAUGCUUUACCGGAAUCAGUUCUGCAUAAAUAUAGAGAACAAUUUGCAAAAUGGCCACCCAUUGCUUCUGGUACUCUUACUCACCAAUUGUUCUCAUCAUUAAAAAUUUUAAGAUCAUGCAUAUCCACCAUGUUAGAUUGUAACUUUUUUUCGGAACAGCUGCAACCAUUAUUUGAAUUGUGUGUCACUCUUAGAUUGAAGUGCUUGUCAAAAGUAAUCGAGCGCGUUAAUCAAGGAGUUAUCAACGUAGGGAAUGGAGAAGUAUGGAAACUGGAAAAUACACAUACGGGUUUGUCGAAAACAGUUCUGCCGGAUCUAUAUGAAACCGAAGUAAACGAUGGUAUGGGACAAAUUAGACAAAUACUUUCGUUCUCAAAUUAUCCUGGUGAAUUAGAUUUGUUUAGCCGUGAGCGAUUUCGUUCCAUUUUGAUUGAUUUGUUCACUAUGAUUCUCACCUCGAUCAGAGAUUGUGUGGAAGAUAUUUUGCAACUAAGAGGCGAUUUGAGGCGUCCAACUGUAUUACUCAACGAAGGAGCUCUUUCGAACAAAAAAUUACUGAUUUCCAUCUGUAAUAUUGAGUAUGUUUUAAGUAAUUCUUUACCUGUAUUAUGUCGUCGUUUAGCCGAAAAUGGUGUCAAAUAUGGUGACGUCAUAUUCGCGAAAAGCAAAGACCAGUUGUCGAUAUUCCGACAAAAUUUGUUGAAAUUUUAUUUGCAAAUAAAGUGCGCAACAUUUGCUUCUUUAUUUGAGUCUGCCACUUAUGAAGAUUUACCCAACGAAGAAGCAUCUGACUAUAUUAAGGAGCUUAUAAUGUGCUUGGUAUUCAUACAAUCAGAAGUAUACUUGAUUGCUCCCCAUCUCAUACGCGAGAUUCUUAGCCCAGCAGUGCAGAACGCAUUUGACCAAUUGCUCAAUCAUUUAAGUAAUUUACAUGAUCUGUCAAAUGAACAAACUGUACAAAUUGUUAUCGAUGUCACUGCCCUGGAAGAAAGUGUGCAAAACUUCUUAUCUUUAGAAACAAGAGCUGUUGUAAAUGCCUUCCGCGUCAAAUUUAUCAAAGAUUUAGAUCAGUCGCUUUUCCAACGUAGUUUGCGUAAUUUCCGCGCCGCAAUGCGAAUGGCAAUUGCUAGUUUGAAUUGCGAUCUUACCAGUACAAACGAUUCAUCCGAAAUAUAG